AUGGAGACGGCGCACAGCCUCCCGGUGCUCGACGUCCUCCGCCGCUUCGGUGUCACCGAGAGCUGCGGGCUCAGCCCCGAGCAGGUCCGCCGCAGCCGGGAGAAGUACGGCCCCAAUGAGCUCCCUGCAGAAGAAGGAAAGUCCCUCUGGGAGUUGGUGCUGGAGCAGUUUGAAGAUCUCCUCGUCCGCAUCCUUUUGAUGGCAGCUUUUCUGUCAUUCAUCCUGGCCUGGUUUGAAGAAGGAGAGGAGACCACGACGGCAUUCGUGGAGCCCAUCGUCAUUAUUAUGAUCCUGAUCGCCAACGCCGUGGUGGGUGUGUGGCAGGAGAGAAAUGCCGAGAGCGCCAUUGAAGCCUUGAAGGAAUAUGAACCCGAGAUGGGGAAGGUGAUCCGCGCCGACCGCAGCGGGGUGCAGCGGAUCCGCGCCCGGGACAUUGUCCCCGGUGACAUCGUGGAGGUGGCAGUUGGCGACAAGGUGCCGGCGGACAUCCGGAUCAUCGAAAUCCGGUCCACCACCCUCCGCGUCGACCAGUCCAUCCUCACAGGGGAGUCUGUGUCGGUGAUCAAACAUGCUGACCCCAUCCCUGACCCCCGGGCUGUCAACCAGGACAAGAAGAAUAUGCUUUUCUCCGGCACCAACAUCGCAGCUGGGAAGGCCGUCGGGGUUGUCAUUGCGACAGGGGUGUACACCGAGAUUGGAAAGAUCCGAAACCAGAUGGUGGAGACCGAGCCCGAGAAGACCCCCUUGCAGCAGAAGCUGGACGAGUUCAGCCAACAGCUCUCCAAAGUGAUCUUCCUGGUGUGCAUCGCUGUCUGGGUCAUCAACGUCAGCCACUUCAGCGACCCCGUCCACGGCGGCUCCUGGUUUCGGGGGGCCAUCUACUACUUCAAGAUUUCGGUGGCCCUGGCGGUGGCUGCCAUUCCUGAGGGCCUCCCGGCUGUCAUCACCACCUGCCUGGCGCUGGGCACGCGCCGCAUGGCCAAGAAGAACGCCAUCGUCCGGAGCCUGCCCUCGGUGGAGACCCUGGGCUGCACCUCCGUCAUCUGCUCCGACAAGACCGGCACCCUCACCACCAACCAGAUGUCUGUCUGCCGGAUGUUCAUUAUGGAGAAGGUGGAGGGCUCCCAGUGCAGCCUGCAUGAGUUCAGCAUCACCGGCUCCACCUACGCCCCUGAGGGACAGAUCCUGAAGGACGAGCAGCCGGUGCAGUGCGGGCGGUACGACGGGCUGGUGGAGCUGGCCACCAUCUGCGCCCUCUGCAACGACUCCUCCCUGGACUACAACGAGUCCAAAAAAGUCUAUGAGAAGGUGGGGGAAGCCACCGAAACAGCCCUGACGUGCCUGGUGGAGAAGAUGAACGUCUUCAACACCGACACCAGCAAACUCUCCAAGGUGGAGCGAGCCAACGCCUGCAAUUCAGUGAUCAAGCAGCUGAUGAGGAAGGAGUGCACCCUGGAAUUCUCCCGCGACCGCAAGUCCAUGUCGGUGUACUGCACGCCCACCGGCCCCGGCCACAACUCCACCGGCAGCAAGAUGUUUGUCAAGGGCGCCCCGGAAAGUGUGAUCGAGCGCUGCACCCACGUCCGUGUGGGCACUGCCAGGGUCCCGCUGACGGCCCAGGUGCGGGAGAAGAUCCUGGGCAGGAUCCGGGACUGGGGUAUGGGCAUCGACACGCUGCGCUGCCUGGCCCUGGCCACCCACGACACGCCCGCCCGCAGGGAGACCAUGCAGCUGCAUGACUCCACCACCUUUGUCCACUAUGAGAACAACCUGACCUUCGUGGGCUGUGUGGGGAUGCUGGACCCUCCCCGCAAGGAGGUCACCACCUCCAUCGAGAUGUGCCGCAAGGCUGGCAUCCGUGUCAUCAUGAUCACCGGCGACAACAAGGGCACGGCGGUGGCCAUCUGCCGCAGGAUCGGCAUCUUCUCGGAGAGCGAGGACGUGGCUGGCAAAGCCUACACAGGCCGGGAGUUUGACGAGCUGCCCCCCGAGGUGCAGCAGCAGGCGUGCCGCAACGCGCGAUGCUUUGCCCGCGUGGAGCCAGCGCACAAGUCGCGCAUUGUCGAGUACCUCCAGUCCUUCCACGAGAUCACUGCCAUGACGGGUGAUGGCGUCAAUGACGCCCCAGCCCUGAAGAAAGCAGAGAUUGGCAUCGCCAUGGGGUCGGGCACGGCCGUCGCCAAGUCAGCUGCCGAGAUGGUGCUCUCCGACGACAACUUCUCCACCAUCGUGUCCGCCGUCGAGGAGGGGAGGGCCAUUUACAACAACAUGAAGCAGUUCAUCCGCUAUCUCAUCUCCUCCAACGUUGGGGAGGUCGUUUGCAUCUUCCUGACAGCCAUCCUGGGCUUGCCGGAGGCUCUCAUCCCCGUGCAGCUGCUGUGGGUGAACCUGGUGACGGAUGGGCUGCCGGCCACUGCGCUGGGCUUCAACCCCCCCGACCUGGACAUCAUGGACAAGCUGCCCCGCAACCCCAAGGAGCCCCUCAUCAGUGGCUGGCUCUUCUUCCGCUACCUGGCCAUCGGAGUGUACGUGGGCCUGGCCACGGUGGGCGCAGCGACCUGGUGGUUCUUGUACGACGCCGAGGGACCGCAGGUCUCCUUCCAUCAGCUGAGGAACUUCAUGAGGUGCACUGAGGACAACCCCAUCUUUGAAGGAGUCGACUGUGAGAUCUUCGAGUCCCGAUACCCGACCACGAUGGCUCUGUCUGUGCUGGUGACAAUCGAAAUGUGCAACGCCCUGAACAGCGUCUCUGAAAACCAGUCGCUGCUGCGGAUGCCACCGUGGCUCAACAUCUGGCUGCUGGGGGCCAUCGUCAUGUCCAUGGCGCUGCACUUCCUCAUCCUCUACGUCAAGCCCAUGCCUCUCAUCUUCCAGGUAACCCCCCUGAGCUGGCCGCAGUGGGUGGUUGUAAUGAAAAUCUCCCUGCCCGUUAUCCUGCUGGACGAAGGACUCAAGUACCUUUCCCGCAACCACCUGGACGGCAUUCUCAGGACGAAGACACACGUGGAGCGGGGAGCACCAGUUGAAAACCUGCAGGACUCCAGAGCAAGGGAGAAGAGGACAAGAAAUGAAUGACACGAAGGAAACGCUCCUAACUAAAGGAUCCCUAACUCGU